AUGGACUCAUGUGAGAGAUUAUUAUCAUUAGCGCCCAACGCGAAACUAAUCAUAGCUGGUGACAUUAACCAAUUGGCGAUAAAGACAUUGCUAAAUUACCAUUCGUUAGUACAGAUUGUGAAUCUUCCGACUCGUGGCCAAAAUAUCCUUGAUGUGUUUGUAACCAAUGUUCCCAACAUCAGGAGUAAAGCUAAAACGAUAAAAAGCCUUGUACGAUCUGACCAUCUGGCUGUUUUACUUAAACAUGUGGUCAAGGCAAAAGCCAUAAGAAAAACAGUAGAGUUUCAAUAAGUUAAAAAUGUUGCGGAAAAUGGAGGACUUUCAAUGGAACACAAUCUCCAGUGGUACUUCUUGUCCAAACGAAAUGAUCAACAACUUUUAUAACAAAAUCUGGCCAAUAUACGAAGAAUGUUUCCCAAUGAUUAAAACACGAGUAUCUAGUAGAGACCCUCCUUUUCUUUCUCCAAUAGUUAAGCAUCUCUUAAAGCUGAGGAAAAAUGCCAUUAACAAGAGAGAUAACGAGAGCAGUCAUCGCCUACAAGAAAGGAUUAAUAAACUCAUUCGGAGCAAUCAACUCAAAGCAGUUAAACAAGAAAAUAAGAACCAAAAUUGUGGAUCUAAAAGAUGGUGGUCAUUAGUUAACAAAAUAACUGGUCGUGGUAAUAGUGAAGUACCAUUAAGCCACAUUAUUGAUCCAAAGGUAAUGAAUGAGCAUUUUCAAACUAUUAAUACAGAUCCUGACUCCUCUCCCUAUUCCCCGUGGCACAAGAGUACCUGAAUUAUCCGUCCAUACUGUUUGUAAACUACUAUUAAAUCAGAAACGAACCACCUCGGGUCCAGAUGAGUUACCACAUUGGUUUUGGAACACCUAUGCAUAUGAUAUUGCGCCUGUGAUAACCAUCAUUUUUAACAGCUCAAUCAAACUGGGCAUUGUUCCUGACAGUUGGAAACUAGCAAAUCUUUUACCUGUCCCCAAAGAAUCUCCUCUGACAGAAUCAAACCAAUUACGACCCAUUUCGUUGACUAAUAUAAUUGUUCGCCUUUUUGAAAGAGCAAUCUAUACAACUGAAUUAGUCCAGGUGAUGGAAAAUGCCAUCCAUAAAGAUCAGUUUGCAUAUAAAAGAGGUUAUAGCUCUACAAUGGCCCUAAUAAAAGCGCAACAUACCUGGAUGGAAUGGUUGGAUGGUAAUGCUAGUAUGGUACGCGUCUUCUCUUUUAAUUUUAGCAAAGCUUUUGACACAGUACUCGUCCGAUCUCAUCUGUCAUAUGGUAGUGAGAUCUGGGCACCUCAAGGAUCGUCACGUGAUCUUGCGAUCAUCGAGGGUGUUCAAAGACGAGCUAGUAAAUUUAUCCUUCAGGAUUAUGAGUUGCCAUAUCCUGAACGCAUUAAAAAGCUUAAUUUAUUACCAGUAUCCUACUGGAUGGAACUAAAGGAUCUCGUCUUCUUUUUUAAAUGUAAGCACGGUCUCUUCGACCUAGAUAUCUCCUCUUUCGUCACUUUUUCUUCAAACAGCUCGUCUCACACCCGUUCAAGUUCGGACAACUUGCUUCGUGUCAAUCAUUGCAGGACUUCUCUCUUUAGGAACUCUUUUUUCAACCGAAUUGUCUUUCUCUGGAAUAAUCUCUCUCCCACCAUUCGUAAUAGUUCAUCGGUUUCCUCCUUUAAAAACAGACUAACUGUUCAUUACUCUUCUCUACUUCAUUCAUCUUUCGAUGUAAACAGAAUGCGCACUUGGAAAACCUUCUGUUCUAAGUGCCGCUCUUUCAACUUAAGCUGUUGUUCGUAAUUCGUCAUGUUUUCUGUAAAUUUUAUAUUUGUUAUCGUCUUUGAUUUAUGUUUGUUAUAGUUUGUUUUCAUUAAGGUUGGUCUUCAUAUGGGGCUAUUCAUGUCCUGUUGACCAUACCUUCAACCAUAUUAUGUAGUUUUUUUAGUCUAUUUUAUGUAUGGUUGUAAAUUUAAUAAAUAAAUAAAUAAAUAAAUAUCUUAGUCAAGUAGAUAAACUUUUAAAACGUGCAUAUAAGUAUGGAUAUCUUAUGUAUCAGGUAUCGAUUGUUAUAUUAAACAAUAAAGACAGAGAUUUAUGGGAGAAAAUAACUACGGAUCCCAACCAUGCCCUGCAAGUUUUGCUGCCUCCUAGUCGUCAAUUAGAAUUACGCAAUCGCGGACAUGAGUAUGAACUACCGAGAGUUCGAACAGAAAGGUAUAAAAGAGUGUUCGUUAAUAGAUGUCUUUUUAACUUCAUAUGAUAUUUUUUAAAUUAGAAAUUAACUUCUUAGGAACUACAUUAAACAUUAUAAUAAUGGUAUUUUAGCUCUAUUAAUGAAAAAUAUCAAUACUAAUACAGUAAUUAGUAUAAUAAUUAUUGAUAAGUAAGUGCAAAUUGUAAGCCCGCACGUUUGUUGUGAGGUGUUGCUUUUAAUAUUUUAAUAAAGAUUUAUACAUACUUAGUAAAGGGCAAGGACAGUGUUGUACGGGGCGUCGUUUUGUGUCACAACGGUCGAAGAAAGGAGCGACCUUUACAAUUAGUCUGUCCAUUGGAACUUAAAGUCGCAGAAAGUGUCGUGGAGCAAAAGCAGAACGAAACGGUCUCUAAGAAUAACGAGUUCAAAGAAACGCUGCGAAGGAAGCGGAGCAGAGAAUACGGUUGCAGUUAGAGGAAGAAGAGGACAAUUGAGCUAUAGAUACAUGUAUAGUUGCGUUCAUAUUGUUAUUGUUACAGUAACGGUAAAAAUUGACAAUUUCAUAUUUAGGGGAGUGUGAGCCAAAUGGACAAGCAUGUGCCACACCUCCAACUAAGGAAAUUAGGUUACUAGGAAAACGAGAGAAAUGUGAGCGAGGAAGCGAGUAUUUUACAGCGAUCAUUUGUGCGAAAAUUUUAGAGAAAAUAGUGGUUGUGGUUUAGAAAAAUUCCACUACUAUGCAUACGGUCGGCAUGUUACAGUUGAGACAGAUCACAAACCUUUGGAGGCUAUCUUCAAGAAACAUCUAUCCAGUGCACCACCACGUAUUUCCAGGAUGAUGCUACGUAUCCAGAAAUAUGUCGUAGAGAUCAAGUACGUUCCGGGGAAAGAAAUACCAUUGGCCGACGCACUGUCACGACUAAGCCCAUGCGAUACAGGCACAAUCAAAGGACUUGACGUAUCUAUUCAUGAGCUACACAUGCACCUCAACGCAAGUCCAAUCAGAAUCCAGCAUAUCCAGACGGAAACUGCCAAGGAUCCUGUUCUCAAUUCGCUUAAAUCCUUUAUCAGCCGGGGAUUACCAGAUAAGAGAUCGGACUGUCCAUCACAUCUUCACGGAUACUGGAAUUAUUGCGAUGAGCUCACGGUUGCUAAUGGAUUAAUUCUCAAAGGAACCCGCAUCAUCAUACCAAAGAGUUUACAGCCAGAAGUCCUUGAGCAACUUCAUUAUGCACACGAAGGUGCAGAAAAAUGCAAGCUCCGGGCUAAAGGUUCCGUAUUCUGGGCAAGCAUUAAUGCUGAUAUAGAGAACAUGGUAAAGGGUUGCAGUCCGUGUCAACACAAUCAACGUGCGAAUGUAAAGGAACCACUUACACCUCACGACAUUCCACCUAAGCCAUGGCACACACUUUGCUCUGACUUGGGGGGUUUUUAACGAGUCUUAUCUUCUGGUAUCAGAUUACUAUAGCAAGUUUCCUUUGAUUCGUAAGCUUCGUAAUAUCCAGUCAAACACUGUUAUUCCACGUCUAAAGUCCAUCUUUAAUUAAAGAGCAUGGAAUUCCAAGUAAAUUUGUUACUGGAAACGACACUCGGUUUACUUCUUCAGGCUUCACAGAAUUCAGUAAGGCAUAUGGUUUCGAACAUGUUACAACCAGUCCUUACUAUUCGCAAGCAAACGGGUUUAUCGAAAGGAACGUUCAAACGGUGAAGAAUUUGUUACAGAAAUGCAAAGAGUCCGAAUCGGAUCCACAUCUCGCUAUGCUUUGUCUGCGAACAACACCCAUCAACCAUCACCUGCCGUCAUCCACAGAAAUGUUGAAUUCCAGAACCUAUCAAUCCAACCUUUCUAGUUUGUCUAAACCAACUUUGUUUCCAAAGAUAGACGAUGAAAUUAAUGCAAAAUUGCAAGCAAGACACGAUCUGCAAAAGAUAUAUUAUGACAAGUCAUCAAGGGAUCUCCCAGAAGUAUACCCAGGUGAUAACGUGUACUCAACCCCUUUAAUCACAAAUGGGAACCUGAUGUUAUCAAGGACAAAGAACAAACACCAAAAUCAUAUAUUCUUGAUAUGCCUAGUGGUAGCACUUUAAAGCGAAAUCGUCGAUAUAUUCGACCAUCUGUUGAAUCACCCAAUGAAGAUGUUGGUGACAAUCCAUCUACCAGCAUUACUGCAACUGAAUCGUCAUUCACGAGUAAUACCAGUGUUCCAACUUCACCACCCAAAGUUGAAGAGACACGGAAUGUUCAAACCCCGAAGCUGAGAAUAUCUACCCGUGUUACUAAACGCCCGGACAGAUGGAAUUUAUAG